CCCCAUUGAGGAGGACAGAGAUACAAAGAUUAUCGCAAAGGAUGAGAAAGGCCGUGUGGGUAGUGGUUCUGGCAGAAAUUUGUGGGUUAGUGGACUCUCAUCCUCUACUAGAGCUACAGACUUGAAGAAUCUUUUCAGCAAGUAUGGAAAGGUGGUCGGCGCAAAAGUAGUGACAAACGCUCGCAGUCCUGGUGCUCGCUGUUACGGCUUUGUUACCAUGUCAACAUCUGAAGAAGCCACUAAAUGUAUUAAUCAUCUCCACAGAACAGAACUGCAUGGAAAAAUGAUUUCUGUGGAAAAGGCAAAAAAUGAACCAGCUGGGAAGAAGCCUUCAGACAAAAAGGAAGGUGAAGCAAGGAAGGAAAAAGACAGGCACCAUUCUGCAGAGUCCAAAUCUGAGAAGUCUGUUGGUGCUAAGAAGGAGGAGAAGACUGACAAAAAGGAUGAUGCAAAGAAAUCAGAAAAAGAUGGAAAAGAUGAAAAGGAAGGAAAAGAGAAAGAUGAACAAAAGGCUGGAUCCUCCGAUAGGUCUAGGGCGAGCAAAUCAGCAAGUCGAGGAACUGAAAGGACAGUGGUAAUGGACAAAUCUAAAGGAGAACCCGUUAUCAGUGUGAAAACUUCUACAUCAAAAGAGAGGAGUACAAAAAGCCAGGAUCGCAAAUCUGAGAGCAAAGAAAAGCAAGAUAUUUUAUCGUUUGAUAAAAUCAAAGAACAGCGAGAACGUGAACGUCAGAGGCAGAGGGAGCGAGAAAUCAGGGAAACAGAAAGACGCCGAGAGAGAGAGAGGCGAGAACGAGAACAGCGCCUUCAAGCUCUUCACGAGCGGGACGAAAGACAGAGGCUGCAGAGAGAGCGAGAGCGACUUGAAUUUCAAAGGCAACGUCUUGACAGAGAGCGCUUGGAGAGAGAGAGGCUGGAGAGAGAAAGAAUGCAUAUAGAGCAGGAAAGGAGACGAGAACAGGAACGAAUCCAGCGAGAGAGGGGUGAACAGCUGCGCUACGAACAAGAACGGCGAUCUGCCAUGAGAAGGCCUUAUGAUCAUGAUGGCAGGAGAGAUGACCCGUACUGGCCAGAGGCGAAGCGAAUGGCAAUGGAUGAUAGGUAUCAUUCUGAAUUUAGUCGUCAAGACCGCUUCCACGACUUUGACCACAGGGAUCGUGGCCGAUACCAAGAUCAGUGUUUAGACAGAAGAGACGGCUCAAGAGGAGUACCAGAUCGAGAUGGGCAGCAUUACCCAGAUGAACGCCACGGAGGGCCCGAUCGUCACUCGCGGGAUGGUUGGGGCGGCUAUGGGUCUGACAGAAGAAUGAGCGAAGGGAGAGGGAUACCUCCACAAACACGAGUUGGACAUGACUGGGGAGAUGAUGGUCGAAAGUUAGAGGGGCAUCGAGUUCGUUCACGUCAGGGAAAUGUGGAUAGAGGAAUGAUGGGACAGGAUCAUGAGAGAUGGCAAGGUGAUGAUAAAAGCAUGCCUGGUCAGUCAGGACCAGGCCAUGUGGUGAAUCGAGAAGGGGUGUCGGGAUAAGAAGCUUAGCGCGGGGGCUUCACACAAGUUGGAAACCAGAGCCAGAUGAUGCAGAGUAGCGGAAUGCAAGGAGUGUUUGCAGGCCAGGAGCGGACAAACAGGCCGACUGAACCCCGUUUUACACGCCGCUACUGA